AACCCAGGUCGCGUGUCGUGCGCCUCACAUACUCGUCGAAACUUCAUACCUCGAUUGACAUAAGACCCCAGAUGCCUGCAACGAGGCAUCCAAGGACGGACUCGGAGCACACUAGCCCAGGACGCGCACAGAAGUCAGCCAUCCAGAAACUCCCCCACGACACACUCCGUGAAAUCUUCCUCGAGAUAGUUUCGACGUACCACAUACUCUCGCGCAACCUAGGAACGCCAGCGAUUGCCCGCGUCUGCCGCGACUGGCGCGCAACUGCUCUUCAGGAUCCCAGACUUUGGUCGACCAUCAACAUUCCGUAUGGCGAGAGCUGGAGCUCGUCUGCUGAGAAUGAGAUACGAACGUACCUUUAUCGAUCCCGACAACUCCCUUUGCAUGUCUGCGCCACCGGCGACAUGAGCGACCUACGCUACGAUGACGACCAGGAGAUGUACCUUGGUGGCGAUUUUGGUCCCGGCGACGAAUUCGCGAUGCGCGCCAUUGAGCUCAUCGGCAAGCUCUCCGCUGACCGUUGGAAAUCCUUCUCACUCUCUGGCCAUCACGACAUCUUCGACCGUCAGGAGAAGCUCUUCCUUCCUCUGCUCGACACCAUCAUCAUCGCCGUCAAAGCCUCGCCCCUUCCUGAGACAGCCGAUCCACUUCGGCUUGGAUUCCUCGAGCAGGCGCCACGCGUACGCAAAAUAACUCUAGACGUGCGUUAUCUAGCCUUCAGUCUACCGGCCUGGGGUAGCCUCAAAGAAGCCACAUACCUACUCCAUCAUAGCACUGACGAAGAGUUCAUGACUGUCGAGAAUCAGAUCAGGCUCCAACCUCAGCUCGAGGCGCUCGAGGUGCACGACUUUGACGGUCAUUUCGGGGUAUUCGCACCCCGUGUUCUCCCCAUCGGCGCGCUCAUCCGCAUGCCGCAUCUGACCACCGUGACGGUCUCUGGCAUCGGACACCUCAUCCUCACCUGCCUCGACGCGCCCAGUCUGCGCAACGUAGUCGUACGCCACGGCUACGAAGAGGGCGGGCCAGGUCCGCUAUCUUCCAUCAUGCGCUUGCCCGACAAGUCCUCCCUACGCGCCCUCGAGCUGGCCCGCGUCGAACUUGACGAGGAUGUCGGAAUGGAUAUCGUGUAUAGAUGCCUGGAGGGCCUCCCGGCACUGGAGUUGUUGCGUGUCGAAAGCAGCCAGCGCUUCGUCACACCUGGAAGCAUCCUGCGGAACGACCUUCUCGUGUGGCUCGCUCGGAAUGAAGCCGCGCCCGUACGUCUACCGCAGCUCGCAGGGCUCUUUCUAUACUUUGGCGCGAGCCGUCCCAGGGGGGUGGAAGAGCGACUGCAGAAGUUACUGGAGUCUCGGGCAUCGAAGGAACAUGUUGGUGGCGUCUUCCUGAGAGCUCUGACGCGCUUCGACACAGACAUAGGCGAGGAAUUCCGUAUGGCAUAGUGGGAGUACUCGGAUAUGUUUGAUUGCUGAAACCGAUUUGAGUAAUGGAGUUCUUUCUGGAGUGGUCGGUGGAUUAGUACACGGACCUCUGGAUGGGCAACUGUGCCAC